AUGGAGGGGUUGCUGCAUUACAUCAACCCGGCCCACGCCAUCUCCCUCCUCAGUGCGCUCAACGAGGAGCGCCUCAAAGGGCAGCUGUGUGACGUGCUGCUGAUCGUCGGGGACCAGAAGUUUCGAGCUCAUAAAAAUGUCUUGGCUGCCAGCAGCGAAUAUUUUCAGAGUCUGUUCACGAAUAAGGAGAACGAGGCCCAGACCGUAUUUCAGCUUGAUUUUUGUGAACCCGAUGCUUUUGAUAAUGUUUUGAACUACAUUUAUUCUUCGUCCUUAUUUGUCGAGAAAAGCAGUCUCGCCGCCGUCCAAGAGCUGGGCUACAGCCUCGGGAUUUCCUUUCUGACGAACAUCGUCUCGAAAACACCUCAGGCACCCUUUCCAACGUGUCCCAACAGGAAGAAGAUAUUCAUAGAAGAGGACGAAAGCAGUUCUCAGAAGAGAAGUGUCAUCGUGUGUCAAAGCCGAAACGAAGCACAAGGCAAAACUGUCGGUCAGAAUCAGCCCGACCUGAGCCACACCUCGCGGCCCUCCCCCGGCCUCACGGUCAAGACCGGCACCGGGAAGCCCCACGUCCCAAAGCCAGCGGAAGCGCCUCACGCGUCGCCAGUAGCCGAAAAGACUUGGCCCAGAGAUGGCCCUGUGGGCUGCGCGAAGUCCCUCGAGCGUCCCGGCUCUGUGGACGACCCUCACAGAAGCAGCUUAGCGAAGAGCAACGCGGUGCCGCCUGGCAAGCCGCUGCAGGACAGAGAGGGGACGGACGAGAAACCGUGUCUGAGCGGCCAGCUGCCCAAAGGAAAAGCCAUAGAGCUGGCCUUGAAGAGACCACGGCCGCCCGUCCUGUCUCUUCGAAGCGCGUCGGAGACCCCCUACGUGUUGAAGGAAACCGGCAAAGGAGGCGGCCCGGGCGAAGACAGGAACCUGCUGUACUAUUCGAAGCUGGGGUUGGUGGUCCCGUCCGGCGGCCCUGGUUCCGGAAAGCAAGGCAUCGACAGAAGCGGCCCUCUGGUGAAGAGUCUGCUCAGGCGCUCGCUGUCCAUGGACAGCCAGGUUCCCGUCUACUCGCCCGCCAUAGACCUGAAGUCUUCCCAGGGGCCCUCGGCAGCGUCCGGGGAGGUGCCCGCCAACGUGUUCUGUGCUCUGUCUCAAAAGCCGUCCGUGAAAGAGUGCGACGACGCGUCAGCCCUCGACGAGCGGACUCCGGCGCCCCAGCCGCACCGCCUCAGGUCCUUCAGCGCCUCUCAGUCCACGGACAGGGAGGGCGAGCCUGCCGUGGCCGAGGUGCGCGUCAAGACGGAGCCCCGCAGCCCGCUGUCGGACCCCUCCGACAUCAUCCGCGUCACCGUGGGAGACCCGGCGGCCGCGUCGUCCGUCACGAGAGACCUCUCCCUGAAGACCGAAGACGACCAAAGAGACGUGAGCAGACUCCCGGCCAAAAGGAGGUUCCAGGCGGACCGAAGACUGCCGUUUAAGAAGGUAAAGGAGGGCGAGCACGGGUCUCCGGUGUCCGAACAGAACUUGGAGGAGGGCGCGAGCCCUCCUCUCCCCGAUGCCGACUUUCCAGACUCUGACUUGAAUAAAGAGGAAUUUGGUGAGUUGGAGGGAACGAGACCAAACAAAAAGUUUAAAUGCAAACAUUGCCUUAAGAUCUUUAGAUCCACAGCAGGCCUUCACCGGCACAUUAACAUGUACCACAACCCAGAGAAGCCCUAUGCUUGCGACAUCUGCCACAAGCGCUUUCACACGAACUUCAAAGUGUGGACGCACUGCCAGACCCAGCACGGCGUGGUGAGGAACCCGUCGCCGGCCUCUAGCUCGCACGCCGUGCUGGACGAGAAGUUCCAGAGAAAGCUCAUUGACAUAGUGAGAGAGCGAGAGAUUAAGAAGGCCCUGAUCUUUAAGCUGAGGCGCGGCAAGCCCGCUUUUCAGGCGCAGACUAGCUCCCAGGCCCAAGCCAUCAAGAGGAACUUGCGGUCCCGAGCCAAAGGAGCGUACGUUUGCACCUACUGCGGAAAGGCCUAUCGCUUUCUCUCGCAGUUCAAGCAGCACGUAAAGAUGCACCCGGGAGAAAAGCCCGUUGGCGUCACUAGAGCUGCUAAGCCCAGGGAGCAUGUUUCUCUGGAGAGCCCGGUAGAGAACAAGGAGGUUUACCAGUGCCGCCUCUGUAAUGCUAAGCUCUCUUCUCUUCUAGAGCAAGGAAGCCACGAGCGGCUGUGCCGAAACGCAACCGUUUGCCCCUACUGCAGCCUUAGGUUUUUCUCGCCCGAGCUCAAGCGGGAGCACGAGGGCAAGUGCGAGUACAAGAAGCUGACGUGCCUCGAGUGCAUGCGUACCUUCAAGUCCUCCUUCAGCAUCUGGCGGCACCAGGUCGAGGUCCACAACCAGAACACGAUGGCGCCGGCCGAGCACUUCUCCCUGCCCGGCCUGGACCACAACGGCGACGCGACCGCCGCCUCCAGGCCCCAGGCCCAGGCCGAGCCUCCGAAAGCCAACCACGCGGUGGCCGCCAAGGACGACGCCGCGUUCAGCGACUGUUCCGAGCAGGUGAACUUCGACUCCGAGGAUUCUUCCUGCCUCCCCGAGGACCUCAGCCUUUCGAAGCAGCUGAAAAUCCACGUCAAGGAGGAGCCCGCCGAGGAGGCCGAGGAGGAGGCGCCCGAGGCCCGCGCGGCCGCCAAGGACGCGGGCCCCAGCAAGGACAGCAGCCUGUGGCCGUGCGAGAAGUGCGGCAAGACGUUCACGGCGCACAAGCAGCUGGAGCGGCACCAGGAGCUGCUGUGCUCCGUGAAGCCCUUCAUCUGCCACGUUUGCAACAAAGCCUUCCGCACCAACUUCCGCCUCUGGAGCCACUUCCAGUCCCACAUGUCCCAGGCCGCCGAGGAGCCGGCGCACAAGGACCCGGAAGCCUGCCCCGUCCCCACAAACUCGCCGUCCCCGCCCCCGCUGCCCCCGCCCCCGCCGCUGCCCAAGAUCCAGCCCCUGGAGCCCGACAGCCCGACGGGCGUGGCCGAGAACCCCGCGCCGGCCGCCGAGAAACUCUUUGUGCCCCAGGAAUCCGACACGCUGUUCUACCACGCCCCGCCCCUCUCGGCAAUCACAUUUAAAAGACAGUUCAUGUGUAAACUGUGCCACAGGACAUUCAAGACUGCCUUCAGUCUUUGGAGUCACGAACAAAGCCACAACUGA